AUGAGUAGUUUGCGCUCUACACUGACCAUGACUGCACUUUGCCCUCGACAUGUACCGCGCGUGGCCCAUGGCCAGCAACAUCACCGAAGCGCAAGGUUGGUCCAGCGCAGUGGGUGCUUCGCAGGCGCCGUUGGUGUCACCCUCAUCACCCGGUCCUUUACCUUCGGCUCCCUUUGUGCGCAAGGGCGCGGGUUUCGACGCAUUCGCCGGUUCGGUCAGCGUGCGGCACCAGCUCCACGAUUGGAAGAGUUGGAAGUGCUGGCCAACGAGAUUCGCAUGUCUCGCGAUAUGGGUCCAGUACGGGAGAACCUGGAUGACUUGGCUUAUUAUGCCUUCCCUUCAUGCUACACCAGAGGUGAUGGAAGCCAAAGGGGCUUCUGCAACUGGCUUUUGCGAGACGUGUUAAUGGUUGGAAGAUAUCCAUACUGUGAUCCCUUGGGUGACUUCCCGAGCAAGGUGGAUGGACGUCGACAUUUGAAGAAGAUGCUCGACGUGGGCAUAACAGCUUUCGUGUGCAUGCAAGCUGAGAUCCCAUCUCCUGCACCAGAAAACUUGAAAGCGUGGCCAUGGGAAGGCGUGUCACUUCAGGAGGUCGACAUGCCUCGGCGGUUCUUGCCUUAUGGUCCGGUUGUGAAAGAGGAGGCCACAUCUAUGGGCUUGGAGAUUCCUCGAUUCCUGCACUGCCCGGUGCCAGACAUGCACGUUCCCAAGGAGGAGCAGCUGAUGAGGCUUCUUCGGGACUGUCUGAUCGAGCUGCAGAACGGAGGGUGUCUUUACGUUCACUGUUGGGGCGGUCUGGGCCGCGCAGCAGUGACCAGCGCCUGCCUGCUGGCCUUGCUGAGGCCGGAGCUUGGUCCCAAUGAGGUGCUGCUCUGCACCCAGGCAGGCUACGACUCGCGUAUCGGUGGCGCCAACUAUGCUUCGCCUCAGACCAUGGCCCAGCGGAGCAAAGUGCACGAUUUCACUCGGGCGCUGGCGAGUGUUCAAGCGUGGAUGCAUCAGAGACGUUACAAGAUUCCCAACAUCAUCGACAGGAAGUCGUGCUCAGCUUCCGUUGCUUUCGGGCUCCUAGGCCUUGGCGAUGAGACUCUGGUCGCCGAAGGCGUCCUACGUGCAAGUCCCAUCGCUGAAGGGGUGCUGCGAGAGCCCAGCGCGCUGGCAUCGGCCAGACAGGGCGUUCACAGCCUUGAGCCUGGAUCUGUGCAGCACAAGGAAGAUGAUCUCCCCCGUUCUCGGAGAGUGCAGCCAGAGAGUCCCAGGCUAGACGCUGCUUGCACUGUAUCGCCGGAGGCCGUUCACAGCCUUGCGCCUGCAUCCGUACAGCGACAGCCAGAACGCACCACAUCGCCUUCGCAGACGGAGGCCGAUCCCUUCGAUCUACCGCUGCAGCAGGGCAAAGCCAGCAGAAUGGAAAGCGACCAUGCCUUCCACUCGGUGAGAUCAGAGGUCGGGUCGCCGUUCCUUGACAUAGGCCUCACACUGAAAGCACGUGGCCCAGGCCCCGACGUGGUUAACGGUGCCUUCUCCUUGCUGCGAAGUCUUGCCGACCAGGUCGUGCGGCCGCCAGAUGUCACAGAGAGAUCGGGGCAAUACCAGCCCGGGGAGCUCUUGACAAAGACCAUGAGCAAGGAGUCUGAUGAUACGCAGGUCUCCGGCCCCCGCACGACCUUCAACAGCCCCGAGGCCUCCGACGAUGAGACUGAAGAAGCGGAAGAUGCGGAUUGUACUUCCGUCGUGGAUGGGUCUGCGGAGGUCGCGACGCCGCAGAAUGACGCAGAGGAUGCAACGUCGGAUGAGGAAUCGGAAGACGAUGAUGACGAGGACAGUUCUGACUCGCCGAGGCCCAGGACGCCUGGCCAAGUAGAUGAACAGGAUGUGAACAUUGGCUCCCGAGGCGGCGCAUCAACUUCCUGCCAGGCAAAAGCGGAAGCAAGGACACAACCUCCGCUUGUGCAAGCCUUGUGCUUUUUGGAACACCAAGGGCUGCAAAGAUGGAGUGGACUGCAAGUUCUGCCACCUCUGCGAGCCCGGUGA